AUGGAGGUGGAGAUGGAAGAGGAAAAUUGUUGUUUCUGCGUGUAUAUAAAUAUAUCCUUUUAUUUCGCCCUUUCUUCUCUUAUCUGCGUGUCUAUUUGUUUGUGUGCUUGCACAAAGUCGAUGUCAGCCGCGAAGCAACCGCAGCGAGUGCAGCUUGUGGUACGUGGGCGGCGGUUUGAAUCCAACGUGGAGAUUCUUUCGGCGUACUGCUUCCUGUUCCGCAGCUUCUUCCAUGAGGCAUUUGCAAAGAUAACAACUUCCAACGGCGUCAAGGGGGAGAAAGAUGACUGGUGGGUAUGUUACGAAGUCGCCAGACGCACACUUGAAGUGUGCCUUCAGCGGCCUGUCCAUGAUGAUUUGUUGGUCGACGUUACAUCUAUCGAGUUGGACCGGGAGGCAUCCAUAUGGAGGUUUGUCUACACCGCCGAGACAUUGGCGCCGGAGGAUGUGGGUGUUAUUUUUGUGUACAUUCGAAAACUAUUUUGUUGGAGCCAACAACAAAAACAAAAACAAAUACAAGAAGGGCAAACAGAGUGGCAACAAGAGCCACAGCUGCCUAUUCGUUGGGUGGAGAUGCCGUAUGACACGCAACUCGCGAUGGCGCGAGUGGUCUGCACCUUUGGUGUAGAGCCGCUUGUUGGACGCUUUGAUCGUCCUACCGCCUCGCUCAAUAAUCAUGGGAAGAGCACUGAAGCGGGUCCCGUUUCAUUGCGGGAGAAGGCUGAGGUGUAUGCUCGGCAACAUCUUCAGCAGGAGCGGUCUGUGGCAUGUGGAACCACACAGGAGAAAUCAACAGAAGAAACACUGGAAAGAGGGAAAGAUCGUUUCCAUUACGCCAUUGCGGAUGAGGAUUUGGUGUUGGAGACAAAGGCGUGUUCGAGGUGUGGGAUAACUGGACAUGCUGAUGUUGACUGUCCUCACUGA